CUCUCUCUCUCUCUCUCUCUCUCUCUCUCUCUCUCCGUGUCGUUGUUGUUCAUCUUCAUCAUCGCAACACCACAACCGUAAUCAUAGCUUCCUUACGAUCGCUCAGCAGCAUGAAGGAUAAAGAUAGAGAUAAGGAAAAGGAAACAGAGAAGAAAAAGUAUCCUAUCGGAGCCGAACAUUAUCAACUUUACGAAGAGAUUGGUCAAGGCGUUAGUGCUUCCGUUCAUCGCGCUCUCUGUGUUUCUUUCAAUGAAAUCGUCGCCAUCAAAAUUCUCGACUUCGAACGCGACAACUGCGAUCUGAAUAAUAUAUCUCGUGAAGCACAAACAAUGGUACUAGUGGACCACCCUAACGUGCUAAAAUCACACUGCUCAUUCGUGAGUGAUCACAAUCUAUGGGUUGUGAUGCCAUUCAUGUCGGGUGGUUCAUGUCUUCACAUAUUGAAAGCUGCACAUCCUGAUGGAUUUGAAGAGGUUGUUAUUGCAACUGUGCUCAGGGAGGUAUUGAAGGGUUUAGAGUAUCUUCAUCAUCAUGGUCACAUUCACCGUGACGUUAAGGCGGGUAAUGUUCUCAUUGAUUCUCGCGGUGCGGUUAAGCUCGGUGAUUUCGGUGUAUCUGCUUGUUUGUUUGAUUCCGGUGAUCGGCAAAGGUCGAGAAAUACUUUUGUUGGCACACCUUGUUGGAUGGCCCCUGAAGUCAUGGAGCAAUUGCAUGGUUAUAACUUCAAAGCUGACAUUUGGUCAUUUGGCAUAACUGCAUUGGAGCUUGCCCAUGGCCAUGCUCCUUUCUCAAAAUAUCCACCAUUGAAGGUACUGCUUAUGACUUUGCAAAAUGCACCUCCAGGCCUUGACUACGAAAGGGACAAGAAGUUCUCUAAGUCUUUUAAGCAGAUGAUUGCUUGUUGUUUGGUAAAAGAUCCUUCAAAACGACCCUCUGCUAGCAAGUUGUUAAAGCAUUCCUUCUUUAAGCAAGCUCGCUCCAGUGAUUAUAUUACGCGAACUCUUUUGGAGGGCCUGCCUGCUUUGGGUGAUCGCAUGGAGAUUCUAAAGAGAAAAGAAGAUAUGCUUGCACAAAAGAAAAUGCCUGAUGGGCAGAUGGAGGAAUUAUCACAGAAUGAAUACAAACGAGGUAUUAGUGGCUGGAACUUCAAUCUUGAAGAUAUGAAGGCUCAGGCUUCCUUGAUCAACGAUUUUGACGAUGCUAUGUCAGAUAUCAGUCAUGUGAGUAGUGCAUGUUCCUUAACUAAUCUUGAUGCUCAAGAUAAGCAACUGCCAAGUUCAAGUCAUAGUCGUAGCCAAACUGCUGACAUGGAGGAAAGUGAUGAAAUGCAUAAUCAACUAGCUUCUGUUCCGGAAGUUGAUUCCACAAUAAACGAUGUCAAGACAAGAAUUGAAAAAUCUGAUGAUGACUCCAGCAUCACAAGCUCAAGCCACGAACCACAAACUUCUUCCUGUCUUGAUGAUCAUGUGGACCAUAGUUUAGGUGAUAUGGAAAAUGUUGGAAGAGCUGCUGAGGUUGUUGUGGCUACUCAUCCUCCUCUUCAUAGGAGAGGAUGUUCAUCAAGCAUAUUACCGGAAGUUACUCUUCCACCUAUUCGAGCAGAAAGCAAUAUCAAUGACAGUGAGAAGCUACAAAAUCUGUCUACAAACGUCUCAAGUGCCAAUGCAAUUUUAGUAACACACACAGGAGAUGAUGUGCUUACUGAGCUUCCUUCUAGAGCCUCCAAAACAUCAGCUAAUUCUGAUGACACUGAUGAUAAAGCAAAGGUACCAGUUGUUCAACAGAGAGGACGUUUUAAAGUUACAUCUGAGAACGUUGACCCGGAGAAGGCGACCCCUUCUCCUGUACUGCAAAAGAGUCACAGCAUGCAGGUUGGUUGUUUAGAGGUUAUGAGCCAGCAUAAUGCAACUCCUCUACACUCACCUUUACCAUUAUUAUCACCAAUAUCUGAUGCCACGCCAUCAAAUAUUUCUUGCUGUUCUCUGUUCCCUGUGUUGCAUUCUGUGCUGCAGACAAAUAUUCUUCAGAGGGAAACCAUUCUAACUUUAAUGAAGCAAAUUACUGUGGGUGAAUCUGCUGCUGAUAACACAAAUGCCCCUGCACAGAUAGCAGCAAUGGAGAAAUCCUUGCUUGAAUCAGCUCACGAGAGGGAAAAGGAGUUGCUUCAUGAGAUAACUGAUUUGCAAUGGAGGCUCAUAUGCACCCAGGAAGAGCUUCAAAAAUUGAAAACAGAUAAUGCUCAGGUGUGAUUGGAUUGUCAGAAGUGAUUCUGUUGUUUAAGUGGAUGCUUGGAUUUUCCUUAAAUCUAAGUUCUUCGUGGGCACUUAAUAAGUUUGAGGUGUUAGGAGAAAGCAGAAUUGUGACCGGUAGAACAACCAUUUACUAGAAAUUGAGUACUUUGUUACUUUUAGGUUCUUUUUAGGUGAUAAGAAAUUUAUCAUGGUUGCUUGUUUUUUUGGCAGCCUAUUAGCUCCUUGUUAGUGCAGAUUUGUUGUUCAUAAUUAUUUUUGUAAAUGAUUUUAGCAUUAUUUCCUGCUUGUAAAUUAUAGUGCACGUCAUGAAACUUUCUGAACCUACAAAUUUUUAAUUUUUUUUUGGAUAAUGAACCUACAAUUUCUUCUUUAGUAUUCAUUCAA